GCUCCCUCGUCAGAUCUCCCGGGCGCAGAGACACCAUGGAGCUCCUGACUCUGCUCCUCGGACUCCUGGUCUCCGCCGUCCUCUGUUUCUACGCCUGGAGCAGCAUGUACCGGCCACAGAACCUGCCCCCCGGACCCACCCCGCUGCCCGUCCUGGGGAACCUACUCCAGCUGAAGACGGGGCAGAUGGUGGACUCCCUCCAGCAGAUGCACCGGAAGUACGGAGACGUCUACACGCUGUACCUCGGACCCCGCAGGGUGGUGGUGCUCUGUGGCUACGACGCCGUCAAGGAAGCUCUGGUGGACCAAGGAGAAGAUUUUGGGGCUCGGGGCCUCUUGCCGGCCAUUGAGUUAUAUUCUCAGGGUCACGGUGUUAUAUUCAGCAACGGAGAUCGUUGGAAGCAGCUCCGGCGCCACACUCUGAUGUCCUUAAAGAAUUUCGGGAUGGGGAAGCGAACUAUUGAGGAAAGGAUAAAGGAGGAGGCGAUAUCUCUGGCGGAGGAAUUUAAGAAGACAGAAGGGGCGCACAUUAACCCCACUGCCUACUUCAGCCAGGUGGCCUCCAAUAUCAUUUGCUCCAUUAUUUUCGGGAAGCGCUACGGCUACGACGACCCCCAGUUCCUGCAGCUCAUGCACAUCAUCGAUGAAAUAUUCCGGGCAAUGUCGUCCUUCUGGGGUCAGCUCUUUGAUAUAUUUAAUGUGGUCAUGAAGCAUCUCCCGGGACCGCACCACCACGCAGCGCAGAUCGCUUACCAGCUGGACAAGUUUGUCUUGGAAAGAAUCGAGGAAGCCCGAAAAACGCUGGAUCCCACCAGCCCCCGGAGCAUGAUAGACACCUUCCUCAUCAAAAUGGAAGAGGAAAAAUCAGAUCCCUCAACUGUCUUCUGUAUGAAGAAUUUUCUAACCAACACCUCGAGUCUGUUUGUUGCCGGAACAGAGACCCUCAGCACCACCUUAAGGCAUGGAUUUCUGCUCUUACUGAAGUACCCCCACAUCAAAUGUAAAGUCCAGGAGGAGAUUGAUCGCGUGAUCGGCCGGCAGCGAGUCCCGGAGCCCGAAGAUCGCUCUUCCAUGCCGUACACCGAUGCGGUCAUCCACGAAAUCCAGCGCUACGCCAACGUGCUGCCCAUGAACCUGCCCCACGCUGUGGCCAACGACACACAGUUCCGUGGCUUUACCAUUCCCAAGGGAACUGACGUAUUUCCAAUCUUAGCAUUUGUCCUUCGGGACCCUAAAUAUUUCCAAGAUCCAUUCGCUUUCAACCCAGAUCACUUCUUAGAUGACAAUGGAAGUUUUAAAAAGAACAAAGCCUUCAUGGUUUUCUCCACAGGGAAAAGAGCUUGCCUCGGGGAAAAUCUCGCUCGCUUGGAAAUUUUUAUCUUUCUAACCACCAUCCUCCAGCGCUUCGACAUCAGCGCCCCGGAAAAUACAGAGAGCAUCGACAUCUCGCCACAGAUGGUGGGGUUCUCCAACAUCCCUCCUACUUACAAGAUCAGCUUCAAACCUCGCUGAGCUCUUACUGGAAAGAUUUUAUAAAUUACAUAUCCAUAUUUA